UUUUAAACGGGACUAGAAACCGACUAAACCUUGCAAACUAACGCCCCCUAACAAUUGAUACCCAUUGAUAACCAGUCCGACUUUCAAGAGCGCAAGAGCAGAGGGUAAUAAUGGUGCGUCCCCACUCCAGUCGCAGAUGAGAUUAUGGCAUCGCGAUUUAGUGGUGCUCUUCAAUUGACGGACUUGGAUGACUUUAUCACCCCAUCACUGGAAUGUAUAAAACCAAUCGAAAUACCAAAGUCAAAGGCCAAUACCGGAGCUAAAAUAAAAAUUCAAGAAGAUGGAGCUUACAUGGAACUGAAUGAGUCCGGAGCCUCUGAAAAGCUACAAAAAGUUGAAAUCACAUUGGCUGAUUGUUUGGCAUGUAGCGGCUGCAUUACAACAGCUGAGAGUGUGCUUGUCACCCAACAAAGUGAAGAGGAGUUAUUGCGUGUUCUACAGGAGAAUCAGAAUCUCCAUGAGAAUGGCAAAGCAGAAGAGGCAAAAUUGAUAGUUGUCAGUUUAUCCGUACAACCAGUUCUCUCUGUUGCUGAACGUUACGAUCUGCCACCAGAACUUGCUGCGCGUAAAUUGGCUGGACAUUUCCGUAAAUUAGGAGCCGAUAUGAUAUUGGAUAUGACUGCUGCAGAUGAUUUUGCACUCUUGGAAUCUGCUAGAGAAUUUGUUGAACGAUUCAAAUCAUCACAAGAUGGUACAAAAGGCCAAAUUCCGAUGCUUGCAUCUUCUUGUCCAGGCUGGGUAUGUUAUGCAGAGAAGACGCAUGGCAAUUUUAUACUACCGCAUAUAAGUGUGACAAAGUCCCCACAACAGAUUAUGGGGUCUUUGGUGAAGUAUCAUUUAGCCAAAUGUAAAGGUCUUUCACCGGAACGCAUUUAUCAUAUAAGCGUUAUGCCUUGCUACGAUAAAAAGCUAGAAGCCUCUCGGGAAGAUUUCUAUAAUGAGGUCAAACAGACAAGAGAUGUCGAUUGUGUUAUAACAUCAAUCGAAGUGGAAAACAUGUUGAUCAAUCAGGGGGUGUCUCUAAAUGAUGUUGAGGAGAGUGAAAUUGAUAGACCAUUCGGUGUAUAUGAUAAUCAACAAUUGGAUAAAAUUCUUUGGGGUCAUCAGGGCUCUGGAUCCGGAGGUUAUGCUCACUUCAUAUUUCGAUAUGCCGCUUACUAUCUUUUCCAAGAAACCAACCCUGCAAUCGAGUUUAAAAAUUUGAGGAAUCCAGAUUUCAAAGAAGCCGUUCUUGAAAAAGACGGGAAAAUUUUAUUAAGGUUUGCUAUUGCCAAUGGAUUUAAAAAUAUCCAAAAUCUCGUGCAGAAACUCAAAAGAGGCAAAUCUCCAUAUCACUAUGUUGAAGUUAUGGCGUGUCCCUCAGGCUGCCUUAAUGGCGGAGCACAAAUGAGGCCGCAGGAUGGCUCCCAGCCACGUGAACUUGCUGCAAAACUCGAUACUAUUUAUCAAAACCUUCCACAGAGCGAACCAGAAAAAAAUCUUGUCAUCUCAAAUUUGUAUAAUACUUGGCUGGAAGGAGAGCACUCUGACAAGUCAGUGGCCUUUCUUCACACGCAAUAUCAUGAAAUAGAAAAAAUGAAUACGGCACUAGCAAUUAAAUGGUGAAGAUGGUUGUGAUACGGCUUGUGAGUUAAUUAUCUAUUUGCACAUAAUAUUUUUGCUUGUGUCAUGUGAAAAAAUAAACAUCUGUGAGAAACAGAGAAAUUUCAUCAUC